AUGGCCGUUUUCAUCGUUGCCAUUCCCGUAUUGGUGCUUGAGAUUGCAAUCGGACAAGCCUACCGCGGCGGUAGUGUCGUUGCAUACAACAACCUCAACCAGAGAUUGAAAGGCACUGGUCUGUCGUUGCUCUAUGUUGGAUUCGUUGUCACGCCGUACUUCGUCGUCAACUUGGCGUGGAUUAUGAGCUACUUCCGACAUUCUUUCACCAGCCCGCUUCCGUGGACUGGUCGUGGUGAGGAGUUUUUCAACCGGGACGUCGUCGCCAACAUCGAUCCGAUUGAAGGCAACCUUACAGCAGACGGCACCAGCGUUCUAAACUACACGGAGUAUCCUGGCAUCGCCCUUAUCGGAGAGACAACCGGAUGGGCUGCUUUCACCUUCUUUCUGAUGUGGGUUUCGAUUUUCCGAGGCGUCGGUUUGACUGGCCGUGUUGUUUACUUCACAAUGGGUCUUCCAAUUGUUGUAACCAUCAUCCUCAUUGGUAGAUCUGUUUCUCUGGAGAACGCUGGUGAAGGUGUCAAACUUUACUUCGCCACAUGGAGAGGAGGGGUUGGCUUCGGCUACUUCACAUCCUACGCAUCAUACAACCGCCAGUACUCGAACGCAGUUAUGGACUCUAUCCUGAUCGUUUGUAGUAACGUUCUCUUCGAGAAUAUCGCCGCUUUUGCUGUCUUCGGUGUUGUAGGGUACUUAGGAAUGCGUCCGGACCCCGAAAAUCCCAUCGGAGGCUUCACCGUCGGAUUCUUGACCCUUCCCCUGGCCGUUGCCGAGAUGCCCGGCGCCAACUUUUGGGCAGUUGCUUUAUUCUUUACCCUCAUGGUCCUUGGCUACAGCUCUGCCUUUGCCAUGCUCGACGCCAUUGUAACUUUAGUCAUGGACACUGGCAUCAAGCUUUCUCGACCAAUUGUCGUCACAGCCCUUACCAUUGUGUCGUUCCUCCUUGCGUUGCCGUACUGCACGGAAUUUGGAUAUUACCUUUUGACUGGAAUCGACCGUUGGGUCAACGAUGUUGCGUUGGUGUUCGUCGUUUUUGCGGAAUGCAUCACAUCCACAAGCGUCUAUCGCUGCAAGGACGUUAUUGGACAGGUUGGAAAGCCGGCCUUCAUCGUUUUUAAUACAUGCUACAUCUUGGCCAUGGUGCUCGGAGUAGCUGUUGCUCAUUCUGUACAAGCCGGAGCUGGAGCCGGUGUUGGUUUGGGACUCUUCUUUGCUGGUAGCAUUGUUUCUGUCCUUAUCGCAAAGACCCCUGAUUCCAUUCCACCAAGAUUCUGGAGCAGGAAUGCCUUCCUUAGCCGGUUUUGGUAUCUGGCUUUCUACUCUGGAAACCAGCUUCGGCGCGACUUGAAUGUGGUCAUUGGUAGUGGCAAGAACUGGAACAUCCCGACAUUUUGGCCUGUUCUCUUGCGCUACAUUUCAGGGCCCAUCUUGAGUAUCGUUUAUGGCUUCUCAUAUCCUGCGUUCUACCAAGUUCGCUACGAUCCCUUGCACAUUCUCGGUUUCGCCGUAGGUCAUGUCGCACUCAUCUUAAUCUUUGCCGGAUUUAUGGUUCCGCGAUGGUUUAACGUCUUCAUCCCGAUCCAUCGACAAAACGAGGGAAAGAUUCAUUAUGCACCUCUGAUCACUAUCGGUGCGGACGAGGCCCAGGCCAUUGCAGCCGGCAAUAUGGAGCAGGGGCAAACGCACACGCCGUCGCCCUCGGAUGAUGGAGUGGGCCGGAAGUGGUCGCCUACGAACGACGGCCUGACCAUGGAGAAUGAGAAGAGAACUAACAUCUGA